AUGACACGUUUUUCUUACCGAUUAGCAGGCAUUGCCGCCUUGACUUAUGCAACGCAGGUGGAUACCCAGUUAGCAAGCAAUAUCAGCAGUCAGCCUACUGGCGUGCAAAAAAUUGAUAUUGGCGUUGGAUGCGGUGCAAGUGCUACAUACCCGACUUACACUGAUGAAUAUACCACCCAACCGCGAUUCGCUUACACGAUUUCAAAUCGUCUGGCUCAAUUCAUCUCCGUACACUUUACAAAUUUCAACCUGCCAAAGAACGAUUUUGUCAAAAUCCGUGCAGCCAAUUUGGAUGACGAGGAAACCACGGUGCUAGAAUACAACGGUGACGAUACAAGUGGUCAAUUCUUUUCGACGGCUUUGCAAACAACAUCCAUCGUUGUAGAGCUAUAUACCCAGAGGACCGAUCCCAGUGCUAGUACACAGCCUGUCAACAGGUUUCUUUGCCUAGGCUUUACCAUCGAUAGCUACCGAUACUUGGCACAACCCGCGAACAAUGACUUGUCCAAGUACGAGGAAGUGUGUGGUGCAGAUGAAAGCCAGCAAGCAGUAUGUUACGCAGCCGAUCCUAAUGUUUCUAAGGCAGCAGGUGCUGUCGCUCGCUUACUUAUUCACAAGUCAACGGGCUCUUACUUUUGCACGGGAUGGCUCGUGGGCACUGAAGGCCACCUUAUCACUAACAACCAUUGCAUAUCUCAACAGGCACACGCUAGCAAUACGGAAUUUGAGUUUAACGCUCAGGGUGCGACUUGCAACACCAAUUGCAACAAGGGAUUGGCAUGUGGUGGUCAAGUGCGAGCUAGAACGUCGACGCUCAUAAACGCCGACGCCACACUCGACUAUGCCCUGCUCAAACUUCCCAUAAAUUUGUCCGAAGAGUACGGAUUCUUGCAAUUGCGAGAGAAAGGAGCUGUUCUAUCUGAGCGGAUCUACAUUCCUCAACACCCUGCAGGAUGGGGCAAGCAUAUCGCAAUGAAAACGGACAACGGGUGGGGCCAAGUUACUUCUUUGAAUCGAGCCGGCUGUGCCAGGGAUCAGGUGGCGUACAUGCUAGACACGCAAGGUGGAUCAUCUGGUUCACCUGUUAUUGCUUGGUCCGAUAAUGCUGUUAUCGCACUGCAUCACUGCGGUGGAUGCCCAAACACAGCCAUUAACAGUUACAAGCUCGUCGACGACAUGAAAGCUCGCAACAUCCUUCCUGAGAAUGCUGUUGCGUCAGGGGUAUGGUCACCUUCACCUUCACCUUCUCCCUCUACCACUUCAGUGCAGACUUUAGCCCCUUCUCCAUUACCCACCUUAACGAGUAAGACGAUAGUGGACGGUACGAUUACGUCGACAGCAUCAUUUACGUCGGUAGACUAUGUGGAUUUCGAGCUCUUGUCAGAGGCUGCGGUCGAGCUAGAUAUCCUCUCAAUGGAAGAAUUAGCAAGUGGAGGAUAUUUAGAUGUAAACAAAGAUUGCAAUGCUGGCUAUAUAAACUCCAGUAUUGUUCUCUUUCGAGUGAACAGUGCCACUGGAGCAAUGACACUUCUUACGACAAAUGAUGACGCCCCUGCAAACACCGGCACUGCCGAUGGAUCAAUUAGCACCGCUGACUCGUACAUAUACACAGAAUUAGGACCAGGUCACUACAGAGUGGCAGUGAGCGCAUCAGGGCUCACUCCAGCCCAAGCGGCGAACAAGAAAAUGCCGCUGUCUUCACAAGUUCAUGUCUGCGACGAAAAACCAUCAAAUUACGGAAACUAUAGACUAACGCUCAGCUCUAGUGCGACUUUGACAAUUGCUGGACCGAACAGCUACAUUGGUUCUCAGUGCAAUGUAUCGUCUCCAAAUGCUACAUACAGAAUGUGUCCUUACCACCGCGAAGCAGCUCUCGCCUAUGCUACUGGUGUAGAAGGGUCUAUUAUCCGCAGUCAAAGUGCUGUAUCCGUCGAUCAUAUUCCCUUCAAAGUAGGGUCUUUUAAUCGCAUUACAAUUGAAGUGGCAUCAUAUGGAAGCACUGAAAACAUGAAAUUUGUGGAUGUUAAUGGAAAUUGCGAUAGCGCCUACGUAGAUGCAGUGGCCUACUUGUUUCAAGCAAAUUUGGCGGGUUUGUCAGCAGCUGAUGUGGUGAAUUAUGUAGACGACGACGACAACUUUGGAAAGCGUGCGCACUAUCGCUCAAUCAGUUUUCGAGACCCGUAUAUGUCGUUGGCACUACCUGCAGGGGAUUACAUUCUUGUGGUAGGACGCUACCCACUGAGUUUAGAGGAUGCGAUCGCACGCAAGAGCUCCAUGUCUGUUGAUAAGCUUACACCUCAAUCCUGUGGCAAGUUGUCAGAUCGUGGCAAUUACCUGGCUAUCGUAAGCUCAGCAGUUAGAUUAAAUAUUACGUCACCUCACUCCUUUUCUGGAAGGCGGUGCCCAAGUGCACUAGGCAGACAAGUCUGCCCUGCGACAAUGAUCCGCCUAAAUGACCGACAGUAA